AAAUAAUAUACUAGCGUACAUGUUUCGCGUGCAAGCGCACGCGUGUCGUUUUUCAUAUGUUUAUUUUAAUGUCUAUUUUCGUGUCGUUUGUAUAAAUUUUUUUGCUUUCGACCAAUCACGUUACGAAUAGUUUGGUUUCACAUAUAUUUCAAUCUAAAUUUUAAUAUACGAGGAGAGGAUAGGAUCAAUAACCUAAACGUGUUGCCAUCAUGACUACGAGAACAAUGAGAAAGAAUGAUCUAUUGAAGCCGUUAUGUAUCGCAUCAAUGAGACACUUUCCUAAAUUUUGUAGUCUGUAUACGCCAAAUUAUUUAGAGACAAUGAAGCCUAAAAUACCAUUAUAUCCAACGGUAAGCAUCCAAAUAAAAGGUUAUAAUUAUCCUGUACUAGAAAAUUAUCAACGGUUAAUUCAUCAGUACGCAGAAAAUGUCGACGUUGAUAUAGAAAAUAGUUACGCGUUGCCUUCUAAGUCACUCAAAAUACAACGAUUUAAACAUCUCAAUCCGAGUUCUAAAAUCGAAUACAAGUUGGAAAUAUAUCACAGAAAUAUUUCAAUUAGUAAUUUGUCUUCAAUUAAAUUCCCUAUAUUGUUAAGAUUAUUAGAAUCAACACUUCCAGAAGGAGUAGAGUUAAAAGUUCAAAAAUGGGAUCCAGAAAUUGAAGAAUUACGAUAUGUUCCUGAUAAACAAUUAAUCGAUUUGAAAACAGAGUUGGAAAGUAUGCAAAAAAAGUGAGCUAAUUUAAAUUUCAAUUUCGAAAAAAAUUAUAAUUCAAUAAUUCAAUGUCAAUUGAAAACACUUUGAGCAUUGAAGACUCUAGUCUACUAAUCUGUAAUAAAUUCUUAAAUAUAGAAAAUUUUUGUAGACCA